CACAAUCAUUGUUCUUCAAAACCUCUCUCCACCAGUCCCUAUUUGUCCCCCUAAGUCCCCCGCCGGAAUUCCUCACCAGGCGCUUCCCGCCACCGUCGCCAGAACGCCUAAAUUUCUCCAUUGAACUAACUUUUGUAACUAUCUUUCCUUAGCAGUCGUUUAUACUUGCAACGAGAAUAAGAAGAGCCAGUAGUGGAAAUUGAAGAAGAAGAGAAGAAGAAGAAGAAGAAGAAGAAGAAGAAGAAGAAGAAGAAGAAGAAGACGAUCUGCUUUCCGUUAGGUUUAGAGAUUUUCAACUUCAACUUGGUUGCAGGCUCUGAUGGUAACCAUGAUGAUGUUUGUUUGGGUUUCUCGUAAUAUGGUGUAUUAACGUUGGGAAAUUUGGGGGACUUAAGCAAUUUUAUGUGGUGUUAGUGAUAUUGUGGAUAUUGGAAAAAUUAGGUGGAUGGAACAUUGUUAUGGGUUUGAACAGCAUGUUGCUCAACAAAGCCGGCGUGAUAAGCUAAGAGUUCCGCAGAAUUAUUUGCGAGUAGUGGGGGAAUUAUCCAGUAACUCUGGCGAACAAUUGGGUUUUCAGAACUCGGAGCAUUCGGGGCUUGAUCUGGAUCUUGUUCGAAUUCAAAGUUUUAAUAAGAACGCGAUUUUGCCUCAUGAUUUGUCUUCUUUUCCGGCAGAGAUGAUUAAUUUUUCAAGGGAUUCCAACGUUUUAUCGGACCAAAGGCACAUAAUGUUGCGUCAAGAGCCAGAAGACCCUGGUCAAUGCAGUAGGCAAAUUCUGGCAGAUGCUUCGUUGGGUUCUUUUGCCAACUCUUUGUUGAAAGCCUCUGGCGAAAUUAUGAAUAAUUCUUUGGGAGAUUGGGUGGUGAACUGUGGAAGUAAUUCUUUGGGAGGUGAAAUGUUGAAUGAGGAAGUAACGGAUUCUACUGUAUAUUCACUGAAGCCAACUUGCAUUGGAUUCCAAACUUCAACCUCUUUUAACAAUCCAUCCAACGAAACAUUCAUUCAGGAUGGACAAAAGCGUAUAGCAGGAGAAUUGCAUUUGCCUCCAAUUUACCAAAAUAGUCUUCAGGGUGUUACUUCAGCCUCUAUUGGAACUCAGGACAUGGAAAUGACUUCCAUCGUGCAGCAUAAUUUCACUGAAAUUAACCAAACUGGUUCUUGUGAAGGCAGUGGAAAUGAGCUUGCUCUUCUUCCUGUGUACAGGGAUCAGCCGAAUGUGUUGCCUUAUGACAGUACUGGUUCUUGGACAGAUAGAACUUUCUAUAACUGCCGCAGCUGGACUGGCGAUUUGGGUUCAAUUGCAAGAAAAACUGGUGAAGAAUUGAGAACUUUUAUGAGUGAUUCCAAUCCACAAGGUCUAUCUCUGUCGCUUUCUUCGAAUCCGCCAUCUAAAUUGCCCACCGCCCAGUUCGAAGAAUCAGAGGAAUUACAGGAAAAUAUGACCGUGUUGAAAAAUCCCCAAGAAUCCAAAGCAGGCAAAUCUGAGAAUUUUUGUAGAUUACCAAACCCAACAUCUAUUGGCAAUAAAAAUCAUGGGAAAUCUCUUCAAGACGCGAUGGGAGCUCCUAUGAACACAUAUAGAAACACAGGUCCUCUUGGUCCCUUUACUGGUUAUGCGACCAUUUUAAAGAGUUCAAAAUUCUUGAAGCCAGCCCAACUAUUGUUGGACGAAUUUUUUGGCUCGAAUGGUCAAAAGUUUGUCCAACCAUAUGAAGUAUUUGAGAAGACAUCUGGGGAAGUUGGUGCCUCAGCGGUCCAUAGUGCAUUUAGAAACGAGGUUGUUAAAGAGAAUAGUUCAUGUGCUGAAGCCUCUACGUUCUGUGGUUCGAACGAGACAAAUGUUAGUGGAGUUGGGAGCAUCUCUACUGAACCUCAUCAACCAGAGUAUCAGCAAAAGAAAGCGAAACUUCUAUAUAUCCUAGAGGAGGUUUGCAGAAGAUACAAACAAUAUCAUCAGCAAAUGCAAAUGGUAGUCUCAUCCUUUGAAUCAGUAGCUGGUCUUAGUUCUGCCACACCCUAUAUUUCCCUGGCGCUCAAGACAGUCUCUAGGCACUUCCGCUGUCUGAAGAACGCCAUCUCAGAACAAUUGAAGUAUCUGAGGAAGGUAUUAGGUGAGGAUUUGUCAUCCCCCUCCGCCGGGACAAGCGGCAGCAAAGGUGAUGCAAAUUCGGCUAGGUUGAAAUACAUGGAACAGAGCUUCCAAAAGCAAAAAUCUGGCAUGGUCAAUAUGGGAUUCCUCGAAUCCCAACAUGUGUGGAGGCCGCAGAGAGGUCUUCCAGAACGUGCUGUGGCAAUUCUUAGAGCCUGGCUCUUUGAGCAUUUUCUUCACCCGUACCCCACAGACACAGAUAAGCACAUGUUAGCCACUCAAACAGGCCUGUCUCGUAAUCAGGUGUCAAAUUGGUUCAUAAAUGCUCGAGUGCGAGUGUGGAAGCCAAUGGUUGAAGAGAUACACAUGCUGGAAACUAAGGGCAUGGCCGAAAUGAACAACAAAAGCCAUGGUACGAAAGAUGGUAGUUCUACAAUAGAAAACACAGCCGGUUGGAUCAGUAGUGAACAACAGCCUCUUAAAAACCAUGGUGUUGCAAAUGAAAUUGCCAGUCAUCAUCUGCAGUGCUUGGGGGUGGAUUCCUCAAGUGGCGAUAGAAAUGGAGUAGGCAGUAGCAACCAACAGUGUGAUCAAGACAAACAAUCCAAAUUGGACCAAGGGAUUCAGUCCAACAUGGAAGGGGAAUUGAUGGGGUUCAUGCCAUAUCGAGCCCGUCCGGCUGAGGUUGGAGGGCUUGGAUCUGUCUCUCUAACAUUAGGACUACACCACCGAGUUGAGAGUGCCCACCAUCAACAGCAGCAUCACCAAAUGCAGCAACAAGAUGACCAACUAAUACGCCACUAUGGAGGCCAAAUGGUCCAUGAUUUUGUGGGGUAAUUUGGCUCACCAAUUUCUUUUAAUGAUAAAAGCUCAGGACCAAGCAUUGGCAAAGAAUUGGUUGAUGAUGCCAUCGUUUAACAUAUUUCUGUUCCAUUAUCACUAACAAAUCAGCCCACAAAACUCCAUUGGUUUCAAAAAUGGAAAUUUGGGAUAGACAUUAUCUAUCACUGUGGUUUGAUGGGGGACAUGUAUGAAUUCUACAUAUUUGGUUGAAUGCUGGAAAAGUGUAACUUUAGAAAAGUUGGAUUUUUAAAUGAAACUUUACUUCGUUAAGUAAAUAGUAUUGAAAUUAGAAGAAUUGACAUUCGAAGAAGAAUUAUUAAUAUUUUAUCUAUGGAGUUAUCUUUAUUUCUAAAUGAAAUUGGAACUAGAAUCACGAGCACAUGAUCGAUGGUUCAGAAAGAAGGGACAGACCAGAGUCCAUAGCCAGCUCUCCAUAUUACAGGUAUCUAUUUCACAAUCUUUAUGACUAUUAUUGAUGAUUGUGUUUGUGUGAAACCCAACAGAUAGAAAGCUGCAGCAGAAGUUGAUUUUGAAAGAACAAUGCAGCACCGUUUCCAAAGGGACGUCCUACCACAAUCAGAGGCCAUUGCUGAUGAUUUCCGCAGCUCUAAUUGAAUAUAUUCUCUCCAGCUUUCUGUAAGUCUCUACUUUGUACAUUCCAUCUUUUCCAAUGCUACUGCCUGUGCCUGCCUGUCUCUUCGCUGCAUGAUUGACACAGAAAACUGAAGGGUUGAGCAACCCUAUGUGUCUUGAGAAUAAUUUUUGUACUUUCAACUGUUUCUGGAUUUUACUGCCCAUUAUAACUACUGUUUCUUCUGAUUUAUUUUCUUUCUUUUGGAAUUUAUUGUUUGUUUUAGCCAUGGUGAGUCAGUGACUGUUAAGUACAACUACAACUUCUGAAUUUUGUAAAAGUAAGUCUUUUCUUUUCAAUGAUUUUUUUUUAAAUUGAUCAUGUUGCUCCAUAGUUUUUCCAUUAAUGAAAAUUUGGGCUUUCUUUUCUUUUGUUUGUUUAUUUUUAAAGCCUUUAGGAAUUGGAUGUUACACAUAUUAUGCUGAUCUAAGUAUGAUGCUGUGUUGAAAAAAAGUUCUUUCUUCUUACUUGGGAUACUCAUUCAUAUCUUUGAAUCCCAAAAAAGGAGCUUAAUUCAUAUUGGGAAACUUGAAUGAAAUACACAAGAGUUUGACGUAAAGUGAAAUGUAACUGAGCAAAACAACUAAAAACAAAAACUUUAGAACAAAAAUAAAACGCCUAUGCUUGCUUUUCAUUUCAUUUAUCUAACUUUGAUUCAACAUUUUAAGAAUCUUAUACUUUUCUUCUUUUGGAUCUAGUGGCACGUGACUUUUGAGAGGCUAACUCCAACUUCACGUCGAGGCCGAGAGGUUGGAUUUGAUUAGUUCGAUUUGAAAUUUGUUAUUUAAAAUAUUUUUUUCGAAAAAGUGGUUUGAUGUAAAAUACAUAUGGUCAACAACUAAAGCCAUAUAUCCAAUGAGUUUAUGGU